AUGACCUCCAGGCUGGGAGUAUCGGAGGAUUCCUUCGAAGGAGACCAGGAGCUCCAGGGCAUCAUCCAGCAGCAGAGGACUCCCUUUCCCUUGCGCAGUGGGAAAUCCAGUGCCCUUAGUGGAGCAGCUGAGCAGGCCUUUAACAGUCUGGAUGUCAGAGACAGAGAGGAUUAUGGGAAGGUGAAGGCAGCCAUCUUGAGAGGGGAUGUCCUGAGCUGGGAGAAGCAGCGCCAGCAGUUCAGGCAUUUCUGCUACCAGGAAGCUGAGGGGCCACGGGGGGCUUACUGCCAACUCCGGGAAAUGUGCCAUGAGUGGCUGAGAGUGGAGAAGCACAGCAAGGAGCAGAUCCUGGAGCUCUUGAUCCUGGAGCAGCUGCUGACUGUCCUGCCCUCGGAGAUCCCGCACUGGGUGAGUGAAGGCGGCCCUGAGAGCUGCUCCCAGGCUGUGGCCCUGGCCGAGGAGUUCCUCUUAUGGAAGGAGAUGCAGGUGUCCUUGGAGGAGGCAUCUGGGAGGGUCUCCGAGGCAGGCCAGGAUCUGUCUGAGAUUGAGCAGAGGCAGCUCAGGAUGGGGCUCAAGGAAGAGGAGGAUGGAGAAGCCAGCCCGCUAGUCCGAGACAAGGUGAAGGGUCCCUUCAACCUCCUUUCCCUCUGGCCUCUGAGCAGAGGUUGCAAAAGGAAGAGAGAGAGACUAAAGCCCUCCAACUUCCUGCUUUUGGGCUGGGGGUUUGCUUGGAGGAGAGUGGCAGGACUGAGGCUGCAGCCGGACGGGGCAAGCCUGGAAAGAAAGAAUCUGAGUUAUAGGAAAAAGACCACAGAGCAAUUUCCCAGCAUGAAAACGGAAUGUCAAGAUAUCCCAAUAGGGGAGGGACCAGCAUGGAGGGGAAUGGCUGCUCAUGACCUCCAGGCUGGGAGUAUCGGAGGAUUCCUUCGAAGGAGACCAGGAGAUCAUCCAGCAGCAGAGGGUUCCCUUUCCCUGGCGCAGUGGGAAGCCCAGUGGCAGGAGUUCCUCAGGACAGUAGAAAAUCCUCACUCUGGAUGGGGAAGCCCACACUUGCCAGCAAAACCUUCGCCCUGGGAUGAUGCCAAGGCCUUUCUGGCCUCCUUUGAGCAAGUGGCUGAAGCCUGUCAGUGGCCCCAGGAAGAGUGGGUGACCCGACUCCUGCCAGCCCUUAGUGGAGAAGCUGAGCAGGCCUUUAACGGUCUGGAUGUCAGAGACAGAGAGGAUUAUGGGAAGGUGAAGGCAGCCAUCUUGAGAGGGGAUGUCCUGAGCCGGGAGAAGCAGCGCCAGCAGUUCAGGCGUUUCUGCUACCAGGAGGCCGAGGGGCCACGGGGGGCUUACAGCCAACUCCGGGAAAUGUGCCGUGGGUGGCUGAGAGUGGAGAAGCACAGCAAGGAGCAGAUCCUGGAGCUCUUGAUCCUGGAGCAGCUGCUGACUGUCCUGCCCCCGGAGAUCCGGAGCUGGGUGAGCGAAGGCGGCCCUGAGAGCUGCUCCCAGGCAGUGGCCCUGGCUGAAGAGUUCCUCUUACGGCAGGAGACGCAGGUCCCCUUGGAAGAGGCAUCUGGGAGGGUCUCCAGGGCAGGCCAGGAUCUGCCUGAGACUGAGCAGAGGCAGCUUACGAUGGAGCUCAAAGAAGAGAAGGAUGGAGAAGCCAGCCCACUAGCAGAUGUAGAGGAAACAGUUGAGGAAUUUCAGGGGAAUUUCUCAUUGAAUAAGAGCAAGCACGAAGAGUCUAAAGGAAACCUCAGGAUUCAAACUUGGCCACCAAGGCAGGAGGAAAGCCAUGCACAGAAGACGAGGGAUAAGCCCAUUCCUUGCCCAGGAGAGGGAUUCCAUGAAAUCCCAGUCCAAGCAGAAGAAUCUCCCCAAAAGAGAACGAACGAAGGACAUGAAAAUGAAAGUAUAGCAUCUAGAACAACCUUCAUUCAGAGCAUGAAUGUUAUUUCCCAUCUAGACGUUCCCUCAGGAGAGAAACCAUAUAGUUGCUUGGAGUGUGGAAAAGGCUUCAGUCGGAGAUCAGCCCUUGCUUCACAUCAGAGGAUUCACUCAGCAGGGGAUGAUCAGGAGAAUGAGGACGACGAGGAUUGGCUUCAGUCAUCCCAAGAGAAAGCUAAGGAUGAAGAGCUGGAAGGAAACUUCAGGAAUCAAGGAGGACCCAAGAGGCCAGAGGGAAGCCACACAGUGGAGAAGAGGGAUAAACACAUGCCUUGCCAAAGAGAGGAUUUCUGUGAAGAAAUUCCCAUGUUGGAGGAAACAUACAAGUGCUUGAAGUGCGGAAUGAACUUCUCAGAUCAAUCACAGUAUAAUAUUCAUUCGCAAAAGCACAAUGGAAAGAAGACCCAUAAAUGCUUGGAGUGUGGAAAGAGCUUCACUUGUAACAGAAAUCUUCAACGGCAUAAAAGAACCCACACAGGGGAGAAACUUUUUGAAUGUUUAGAGUGCGGAAAGAGCUUCACCUCUAACAGAAAUCUUCAGCGGCAUAAAAGAACCCACACUGGGGAAAAACCAUUUGAAUGCUCAGAGUGUGGAAAGAAAUUCAGUCAGAAUGAAACUCUUCAUAAGCAUUUAAGAACCCAUACAGGGGAAAAACUUUUUGAAUGCUUAGUGUGUGGAAAGAAAUUCAGUCAGAGUUGCCACCUUCAACGGCAUCUAAGAACCCACACAGGGGAGAAACCUUUUGAGUGUUCAGAGUGUAGAACGAAAUUCACUAGCAAAGCCCGCCUUCGUCAACAUCAGAUAAUCCACAUGAGGCUAAACCACGUAGCUUCUCAGCCAGUGGCAACAGCUCCCCUUAUAUUUCACCCCUUAAAAUCAACCACAGAGUCUGAACACCAAAGAAACCAUAUAAGCACUUAGAGAGAGAUUGCAUCGCUAUAGAAACCUUAUGGUAACUGCAGUCCAUCAGCCCCACUGCCAGCAGGCACUGGUCUACCUUGUCUUCCAAGGCAUAUAGGCUCCAGGGGCUGUCGAAGUCCCUGCCUACAACAUGUCACUCAUCAAGUUCCUCCCAAGCCUUAGAGGGGUUUUCACUUCCUCUUGCUGGUACCUGCCUUGUCCACUUGGCCUUUUUAGGAAUUACCCACAGAGAGGGCCAAAGCUCCCAGCUCCCCUAAGUAGGCUUGCUGUUCUGAGGCUCUGUGUUGUGGCCAUGCCUUUUUAUUCAGCAACUGGUUACCACAGAGAUUCCUUACUGCACUUUCACACCACUGUGGAGAGCAGUUUCCCAAAAUACCAUCCCUCCUGGCACCUGUUUCAAACAGUAUGUUUGAGCAGUGGAAGUCUUUGUGGUACAGAGAACAACUACCAGUAUUUAGAAAAAAAGAAAAAGGUUCACACUCAUACUCUCAAGCACAGCAACAGGUUGAGUAAGGGAUUACAAAAGAAACAAUCAGUUUCUCUGGUCCUUGUUCUAUACAUGCCUUUACUGAUGUUAUUCUAAGGCAGGCUGUUUAAUUUAAAGGGCACAGCUGUCUAGGAACUUCCCAUUACCUUGUAGUCCUGGUUUAGCCCCGCAGCCUUCCACAUAGCAAUGGCUGCUGUCUAUAAGGGUCUGGUUAGAGAUGCUCCCAGUUCAAUGGAAUCAGUCAAAAAGCGAAUUUCACCUCAGUGUCAAGGGAUUUUAUUACCUCCAUUUGCCCUCUCCCAGAGAGGGAGGGUCAAAGAAGCUUUUCCUGUAGUCAUCAGGGAAAAUCUUUCUAGCAUUUCAAACCACUCAAUUUAUCCUCUCUUAGAUGUCUUUGACCUGCCAGAUUAUUAGCACCUUAAAAAGCCUACCAGGUUGUGGCUAGAGAGCUUCCCCUUUCCUGCCUUUUCUCAUAUAAGAGAGAGCAGAACUACAAGUGAUGAAUAUCACGUGUUUAGCAUGUGAAAUGAUUUACAUGGGUUAACGCCUUUUGAUUACCUGUUCACUUGUCUGCUGUGAUCACACUGUCUUUGUUUCAGUGUCCGUCUUCGCAUGGGUUUCUUCCUCAGUCCUCCCAUGACGAGGGUGGUAUCCCAUGAAGCACUGCUGCUUUGCGCAUGCGUAGCUUUUUUUGUGCUUAUUCUCUGUGCAGAAUAAUUUAAGCCCUUGACCACCAGUUGGCGCUGUUAUGCUCUUUCUCCCUUAAUCCAUUCGAUUGCAAGAGCAAUUCAUGACCACUUCAGAACUUGCCAAUCACCCCCAGGCUACGGGGGUGGGUGGUCAAGUGGACAUUCGUUAAUUUUUUUUCUUUUUUUUGCCUAGCAGAAGUUAUGCCUUCUUGAAUUUCAUACCGAACCAAUUUGUAAAUUUGCUGGUUUGUCACUGAUGUUUCGAUUGCAUUCCAUGCAAUUAAGACACUGCCAAAAGGAGUAUUGGGGUGGGGGUGGGGGGAUAGGAGUUAACACCUUGGCUUGCACAAAUGCCAAAGUAGUACUUUGUUCAGAUGACACUGCUCGAGGGAUGAUGAAUGUUUUCUCAAAUGAUCCUUCUGUAAGUCUUCAUCCUUUGAGAUGUAUCUAAGGGCAUGGCUUACAAAUCUCAACUGUGGGGUGAGGACAGAUUUAUGAGUGAGGAAAGACAAAAGGCUGGAACAAGAUGUGAGUUUUCAGAAGGGGUUCUUAUAACCUUCCUCUGAGUGGCCCCCCUGCACCCCCUUAAAAGCUCCCAUUGCUGAGAGGUGAUGGAUGCCUCAAAGCUAUAAGCAACAUGGCAUGUGGAGGGCAGCAACAAGAAAUUGACCAGAGUGUCCCCUUUCAUCCAUUGGCAAACUGUAGCUGAUUCAUGGACAGUGCUGAUACAAGAAGGUGGGGGGGGGGGAGGAAAUUCAGACCCCUCGUUACACAUGACACAAAGUUCUGAAGGGUCCCCUGACCCUAGUCAGUGGCUUUGCAGAGAGACCUGGGAAAUGCUGAGGAGAAGAGGAAGGCAUUAAACAUUCACUUUAAUAAAAUUGCUGCCCUUCAGGGCUCUUGAUUCCAGCCCAAAAUCAAUCAGGUCUCAUUUAAUUCUAUUGUAAAAGUUAGGUGCAUCUGGCCUUCAAGGAUCUAUCAGGCCGGUCUACCACCAGCUGGGCUGGAGGUGCACUGCGCCUGGCAGGGGAAGGUGGGGGAUAGAGGCAUCCGGGCACCAGCAAGCCUGCCAACUCACCCGGUGCAGCCCGCACUAUCCGGGCUGUGGGAGCGUUUGGCAUGGCUGGGGGGGAGGGGAGCCAGGGAGAAUUCUCUCCCAUCCGGGCUGUGGGUGUGUUUGGCCUGGCUGCAGGAGGGAGGGGAGGUGGCAUCCAGGUGACGCUGUGCCUGCCAAAUCUCCCGGUGCAGCCCCUAGGGGGGUUUCACCGGCCAAGCAGCGGGCACCUUUGGCCAAGCUGGGGAGGGGAGCCAGGGAGGUUUCUCUGCCUGGCUGGGGAGGGAGAGAAUUCUCCCUGGAUCCCCCACCUCUGCAUCCUGGCCAAAGGUUCCCACAGCUCGGCUGGGAGAAUUCUCCCUGGAUCCCCCCUCCCCGCCUUGCCAAACGCUCCUGCAGCCCGGCCAGUGCGGCCCUCAAUGGGGCUACACCAGGUGAGUUGGCAGGCAGCCUCAAAGGGGGCUACAGAGGCUAGCCUGCAGGCAAAUCUGGCUUAGCUGGGGAGGGAGAGGAGUAUGCGUCCGCAUGACACAGUGCCUACCAACUCUCCCGGUGCGGCC